UUCCAUUCAUGUGACUGCAAUUAGCAAAAGACCACUGCAGUUUCUUAGCAUGUUGCUAGCAUGUAUGUAUUACUAUAUAAUUAAAAUAUAGGCUACGUUAAUAACGGGUGGUUUAGGUCAGCUAAAUACCUCUUUCGCUUUCACAAUUAACGUCCAGUUAGCUUAGCAUUUGGGACAUUCAGGCCUAGCAAGUGAAUAGCAGUUACUAGCUGGUUGAGCUAGCUGCUCCACAGGAGACAACACUUUGAUUUAACUACUACAAUCAACGUGUCAGCAGAAUUGGUCAAAAUGGACAAGAUUGCUAAAGAUGUUGGAGAUAUCCAGUCGCGACUAUUGGACCACAGACCAAUCAUCAAUGCAGAGGUCCGCUACUUUGUGAGAGAGUUUGAGGAGAAACGUGGACACAGGGAGAGCAGACUGCUGGAGAACCUCAAUAAGAUUGUCCUGGAAACAAAUGAGCAAAUGCUGCCGACAGAUUUCGUGGGCAUGCUGUCUGAUGUUGUCAAACGUUUGGAGGCUGCCAAGCACAUGGCAGAGAGAGUCCAGCAGAGGGAGCUAGAGGCACAUCAGAGCACCCAGCUGCAGGGGAACAUGGAGCGUUUGAAAGAUGAGUGGGCAGAGUUUCUGAAGGAGCAGCAGAGAUUAAAGGAGGAGGUGGACAAGGAGCACGCCAAGGCUGUAGGACAACUCAGCACCCAGUACAGCGAAAAGAAGAAGGACUUGACCAAGUUUUCACCCCUCUAAUCAGUGAUGGUGUGAGUGAACAACCCUCUCUUACUCCACACGUGUGCUCGCCGUGGACACGGACGUCUGUUCUGCACAUGCAAAACAAAGCAAGCGGCUUUGACUGAUGAACUUGGUCGUAGGUUUUUGCACAAGACUCAACUUUUCCAAAAUCGUAAAUAUUAAAGUGUGAUUAACAACGUGGAAUUUCACAGGCCAUCAAACUUACACGUUUCUGUGUUUAGCACAUGGAAUUUUCACGGUAACCUAGAAGGCCUGGAAUAUGUCUUUUUUUUUUUUUUUUUAAACAAUCAAUCGUUUGAUUGUUCCUUGGCCGUGAAGUUUUCAACAUUUCAAGAUUUUAAUGGAUGCCUCCCUGAAGGGUGCUGAUGAUAAAUUUGCAAACCUGGAGUUUGGCACCAUGGCGAGAUAUUCGAAGCACUGGAAGCCAGAUCGUUAAAUGUUAGAAUGAGCAGGUGUGUUUAAAGCACAAGUCAAGUGUUGUAGAAACGAGCUCAAACAAAACCGUUUCCAGGACAAGUCAUCCCUCACCAGCUCCCCCGUGUUUGGAGCAUUUGACCUCUGACAUUAACUUCAAGUAAACCAACUGUCUAUGAAGUAACGUUCAUUAUAAAAAGGCCUUUGCUGAGACCAAUAAUGAUUGAUCUGCAGCAGCUGUUUUUUGUUUGCUUUGCCACCUCAAAUCUGAUUUGAAUAAGUCACAAAUCCAAUAUUUAUAUUCCGUUCAAACAUAAAAAUAAAAGCAUAAAUCAGAUUUUGACUCUGGUUUACAUUUUCUUUUUUUUUGUGGUCAUGUUUAGGUAAAGAAAAAAGAUUAAUAAACACAAUCAAGGUGUUUUGCGUCUCCGUUUAUCAUAUUAAUUGCACACAGAGGCAUAUGCUACAGUGGAAAUGCUUACCGUUUAAGUAUUUAUCAGUUAUAAAGCAUAACACAUGGAGAAGUUGUUACAUGAAAUCGUCAGUGUGGGUCUUGUCCCUACGCGGAGACCCUUUGAGGUUGAUGAGGUCGCUGCACUUUUAAUGAAGUGUUUUGUUUUGGCUCCAGACAAUAGUGGAUUCUUAAACAGGUUAAUGGAUGGGCGGGCACACAAUGGGCACAUUCCUGGCAUGGCUGAGAACAGACUUCAUCUCAAACAACGUAAUAGAGCAAAUAUUUUGCAUCUCCCCCCCCUUUCCACAACCACACAUUCCUUUAAACUGCCACCUCAGCUGUCGACUGUCUCAUCUGAAGAAGCAGGUUUGGACUUCGCCUCGUCCAUCGUAAGUAAAACAGUCUCUAUAAGAAAAAUAAUAAUAAAAGCAAACAAGCCAGCAGAUGAGUCCCUUCACUGUGUGGCAACUCAGCUGAAGCGAACUCGGUUCUGUAUCCCCUUUCACAGAAGCUGCAGCUUUUUUUCCAUUUGGCUGGCAGUGACCUGCCCCGUCCUGCUCUCAUGCAAAACCCUGCUCUGCCCGUGUCUGUGUCUCCACAUGUGUGUGAGAGUCGGUGAUGGCUGGCGUCAGAGAUCAGAGAGGGCACGGACGUGCCAGCAGAUGUGUGUGUGUUUGCGUGUGUGCCUUUCCUCCGCCUCGGUGACUGCAGCUGUCCCGAGUCGGAGACGGGCCAUCAUCGGCUAACGAGGAGUGACAAUACGGAAACGUGGCCCACCCGCGCCAGCAAGGCACCUUUUCAUCUGCCCCUGUUUGCUUUUUUGGUUUCGUUGGAAAGAAGGAAAACAGUCCCGAGUACAUGAAAGGUCACCAUUAAAGUCAUAUGAGUGUGAGCUAUACAUGAGUGGAGUCAUGAGCUUAAAGUGAGUUCUUGUUGGGUCUGAUAAGUGCAGGAUUUAUAUCUUCUAGAAUGAGAUUUGAUAUUGCUGUGUAAAGACAGAUUUAGGAAAAGUCAAUAAAUCCAAAACAACACAUAAAAGAGGUACUUCCAGGAAUCAAACAUGGACACAAGCUUCGUCAUUUUUCUCUGUUCAGGUCAGAGUAACCUUCCACCGUCUUCAAUUGCGCUACAAGACCACUGCGGUCAAUAAUAACACGCGCUUUGCCAAACCGAAUUGACAUUAAGCAAUCUGGGAUUUAGAUCAUCUCUUUGUGGCCGAGGGAUUGCAACAACAACAGGUUUCGACAUUCAUAGGAAUUUGGGUUCUAAGUUGAAGUGCAGGCUGAAAAGUAUGUAAAGCCAGAAAUCUCUGCGCCUGGUAAAGUAUUUGUUGAGCGACUGGUGCUGAUCAGCGACAACAAUCGGUGCCCUAUUUAGUGGUGUAGAACAGGAAAUGUUACACGUUGUCUUAGACUUUUAUAGAGAAUCUGGUCCAUCUUGAUAGUUAUCCGUCAAACACUGAGAGGAAACUAUCCGGCGUCCCGUGUACUCAGGCUGCUGACACAGAAACUUUCCCUCUACCCCGACCCGUAAGACGACUCCGCGUGCAGUUGGGCACUGGCUGAAAUCUCCUCUUAUCAUCCUCCUCAGCCGGCUGCCUCAAGUCUCUGGACCUUUGCUGGUGUGUGUUUUUUUUGUCUCCAGUGUGCAUCAAGAGAGCAGUGUGCUCUUCCUGUUUUGAAGCAAGAGCAGUGCUCUCGGGCCACUGAGCUGCCGUUCCCUGUGCCAACACAAAUGGUAAAGGAAGCAGCAGCACCCAGCUGGAGCUCCAGUGGGCAACGCACGGAGAUAAGGGCUUGUGUUGGUUUAUGCAAUCUGAUGCCCUGUCUGACCAAGUGCUUUCCACAUCCACUGGAAAAGAUGAAAUGUGUGACUGCGGAUGAACUGCGCAGGUUACGUAUGAUGAUGAAGACGUUUGCUGAAAAACAGGAUCUGGUUUUAGUUGUUCAAUGCUACAGAGAGCGGUUGAAGCUCAGCUCGCGUGACAGUUUCAGUUUGAUCAACCCACAACGCUACUCAGCACAUUCUUAAGCCCUCCCAACAUCUGCUUGUAAGAGUGACCAAAUGUCAAGAUGUCAAUGAAACUAUAUUUGACACUAAUCGCAUGCAUAUGAACUAUGUGAGGUGUGCUUUCCUUAGCUCUCAGCAACCCACCCACAGGGUAAGAAAGCCCUCAAAUCAGGAUAUAUUAUUACAUGCCGAUUCAACUUAGGAACACUUUACCACAAACUUUGGCCUCCAGAUUUAACGUGUUGAAACCCCAGCUUUCUGACAGGAAAUACUGGAUAUUGUAAGCUUAAAACUUCAUAAACAUUCAGGUCAUUGUCAUUGCAGGAUGCUGUACUGUGUUCAUGAUAAUAUCUCCACUGUCUGUAUAUGAACCCAAUUCCAUCCAUGGUUCUUUCUCGUGAGCUUAGCGAGUGCCAGACGGAUCAAACACAGUGUUUGAGCACACUUGUGUUGGCUUGAUGUUUGAAUGUCUAUUCCCUCUCCUUUUAGUGCUGUACUGUUUGAAAAUUAAUCAAAUAGCAGCGGAGGUUGAAUUUCCUUGAAAAAACAAAUAAAAUACCCACAACCUCGGAGGACCGCUACAGGUUCUUCAAAGCUGACAGCAAAUUGGCCUUACUAAACAUUUUCUCUUUGUUUCGGGGUCACCUUUCGCUUCAGUCGACUGAUGAGAAAAAGCAGGUCUAACAGCAACACAAUUUCACUUUUUUUGUGUGUGUUGGAACAAUAGAAAGCGAGGAGGUAUUCGUUCACCCCCGCCUUCCUCACAGCUUAUGAGAAUUUCCCUGCCUCUGCGUGCUCCCUCUUUUUCUUUUGUGCUACAUGAUGGGGCCCCUGUUACUCAAUUACUAAGGGGUCCAAAAUGAAAAUGCCAACGAACAAAAGCACCACGCUUCCGAGUUAAUAACGCGGCAUAAAACCACCCCAGGGAUUCGGUGAUGGGUCUUGGGGCGGAUGGUAAAAAGCAGGUGGCAAUAUGAAUUCUUUGGCAAUAGCAAACGUUCACCCAGUGGAUUUCUAAAUAAGAGUAGGAGAGCUCUCAAAGCUGCAGUAAAGCAAAUUAAGAAAUUGAUAUUUCUCUGAGGGAAAGUUGCAAGGCAUGCUGGAUAGUCUCAGACUCUGGCAGCUGAGAAAAUGAGCACUGGGUGGCAUAUAAAAGCAAUCAGUGGAAAGAAAAGGGAUGGAAAUUAAACGUCCCACCUUUCACUAUAAAUGCCAGCGUUCCCUUAUUAACGAGCACUGAUAUGCUCCCUGAUGAAAGCUGACACUGUAAUGUCAAGUUUUUAUUCUGUACAGUGAACACAGCCAGUUUAUUAACCAGAUGUAUUGGUCAGAUUAUCUCUCUUUGAAAGACGCACAUUC